GCGUCCUGCCUUUUGCUGCUGCGAACUACGAGCCGCCGCAUUCUGCUGUCGCAUACGAACACAAUCUCGUGUGAUUCUUACUAAGGCGGACUCAUGGCCGAAUCUGAAGCACUGAAGAUUUCUUUCAUGUUUGCAAAUGGCGACAGAUAUGAUGGAGAAUGCGUAAAAUCUUCUGAUGGAACAGUGAUAAGAUGUGGCCAUGGCACGCACACAUCCUACAAUGGGGUCAUUUACACUGGACAAUGGGAAGAUGACAAGAUGAAUGGGACAGGACGACUGACACACCCGUCUGGUGCUUCUUAUGAAGGUGAAUUCAAAGACAACACUUUCCAUGGAAGAGGGAUCUACAUGUUUCAGGAUGGUUCAAAAUAUAUCGGAGAUUUCCACACAAACAAGCUUCAAGGUGAAGGUCUGUACGUUGACACCAAAGGGCUGGAGUGGACAGGCAAGUUUUAUAACAAAGCAGCUCCUGGACUGAAGCUUAAGCUGGAAAUGUAGAAGAAGGAGAGAUGACCCCAUGUGUGCCCUUGUCAGGCUUUAACAUAUGAACAGAUCAUUCUUAGGUUUGUGAUGCAGAAUACAAAGAGCGUCCCGUACCUCAUUGAUGCGGGUGGGCAGUGUGGUGUAGCCAUGAAGUGGUGAGGCCCCCGGACUCUAAAACUACCAGGCUGCCAGUCCAGUCCUCACCUCUAACUCACUGUGUGACCACUUCAACCUCCUGUGCUGCGAUUAUAAAAGAUAACGCAUGGAAACGGUUGUGUCGCAUCCUGAUCUUGAGAGAAGUAAGUUAUGUGGAUUGGUAGAUUGAGCGACAAGCGGCUUCUAUUGUAGAUAAGAAGCAAAAUCAACAAGAGAACCACCAAUUUAACUGAUGUGAUCUCCACCAUGCUUCACCACUGGAAUGCUACUGUGCAAGGUGAUGAUAAGCCAUGCCUGGUGUCCUCCAAACAUGACACCCAAGUGUUGAUGCCAAACAGUUCAAUGUUGGCUUCGUUAAGCCAGAGAUUCUUGUUUCUCAUAGCCUGAGGGUCUUUUUGGUGUCUUUUUGCAAACCCGAGUGGGCUUUCAUGUGUCUUUUACUGAGGAGAGGCUUCUGCCUGACCACUCUGCCAUAAGGCUUAGUGGUUGGUUGUCCUUCUGGAAGUUUCUCCCAUAUCUACACAGCUUCUCUGGAGCUCAGGUUCCUGGCUAAGGCACUUCUCUCAUAGUUGCUUGGUUUGGCCAUUCGACCAGAUCUAGGAAGGGUUGUGGUUGUUCCCAAACGUCUUUCAUUUGAUAAUUAUGGAGGCCACUGGGCUCUUGGGAGCCUUCAAUGCUGAAGAAAUAUUUUUGUAACCUCCCCCUGAUCUGAGCCUCCACACAGUCCUGUCACCAACCUGCUUACACUCCUUGGACCUCAUGGCUUGGUUUUUGCUCAACUGGGGGACCUCCUAUAGACAGCUGUGUGUCGUUCCUAAUCGAUCCAGUUUGUUAAAUUGAGCACAGGUGGACUCCAAACAAGGUGGAGGAACAUCUCAGCGAUGGUCGAUACAGCGGGAUGCGCCUGAGCCAAAGCUAAGGCUUUGAUUGCUAGUGCUAGUGGGAUAGAUCAGUUUAUUAUCUAUAUCUAUAUUUAUAUAUUUAUAAAAUCCAACAUUUGUUUGUCCGCUUUGCACGAGUGAACUACUUCAUGGAUUUAGAUUGAUGUUUUUUUCUAGAAUUUCCUUGAACAUUCCGGUUGAUUUUGCGACUUCUCUCAUUACGUUAAGAAUCAUAGUUCGCUUGCGAUACCGAUUUAUUUGCGCAAACCUGAGAGACACACAGCAGGCUAAGGGUGCGGGACGAGACCCUCCUCACUCACACGCCAGCCUCGGGGAGUGUACCUUACAUCUGCUUAGCUAGCAAAUGAGAGAACUACUU